AUGUGUGUGUUUUCAGAGGGGUAUAUAAUGGCCACCAAUGGUAAUGUGCAUAAUUUCAAGAGAACCGUUUUGAUAACUGGAUCAACCGAUGGAAUCGGUCGACAGACUGCGCUUGAGCUUGCUGCUCGGCAUAACGAGAACUUCGUCAUUGUACACGGAAGAAGUGCCGAGAAAUGCGAAUCAACGGUCGAUUACAUUGUACGAGAGAACAAAUUGCCUGAUCACUCGAAUAUUGACUACGUUGUGGCCGAUUUCUCUGAUUUGAAAGAGGUUUGUUAA